AUGAAGUUUAGUCAACGGUUGCAAGAAUUCAUAUAUUCAUUAAGUACAGAUGAUAAAUACUCUGAAUUCGAUUCAAGAAAGUCCUUUAAUAGAGUAAAUAAACCAGACUCAGAGAACCUUUUGGGUAUGAACUCUCAGUUCAAUAACUCAUCGGUGGAUUCUAUCAACAAUAUAGUUGUAAACGAACCAAAUGAUGGGUCGGAGGGUGUGCAUGAAAUGAGACUAGCUUGGAGGCAUAUAAAACACUGGUUGGUCAAAUAUGCUCCUGAUUUGAACAGCUCUUUACUGAGCAAAUGUACUUCAUCAGACUUGGAAGAUUUUCAAAAGGAUUUACAUAUUAAAUUACCACAAUCAGUUUUACAGUUUUUUAAAAUCACUGAUGGACAGCUGAACUUUGGUAACCAGUUGAAUAUGGACACCAAUGGUCUCAUAUUUGGGUUGAGGUUGAUGUCCUUGGACGAUAUAAUGAUACAAACUGAAAAUUGGAGAAAAGUUGCCGACUACAUCAAUACUGGAAUAAGUCAACAAAACCACAAGACAAAUGAACUAAGUAAAUUGCCGGUCUCACAUGCAAGUUCAAGCCAAUACAAGAAAAAACUUAGUCUCAACACGAGUAGUGAGAUGUCGUCCGCGAGAACGUCAUUCGACUUGACUGAUGCACAGUCAAGGAAAACAUCAGUUUCAUCUCAUGAUACAGAUUCUUCCAGUAGCAAGUCAUCAUCUCAAAAUCAUCUGCGGAUGCCAAAGCAAAGAUCUAUUCCUCCAAGUGUGAUUCAUGAAAUGUUUGCCCACCCUAUGUGGAUUCCAUUGGUAACAGAUGAAGUAGGGAAUUACAUUGGUAUUGAUCUUUCUCCACCACCUGCUGGGAAAUGGGGUCAAGUUAUUUUAUUUGGAAGAGAUUUUGAUUUCAAAUUUCAAAUUGCUGACACAUGGGGUGAUUUCUUGUUGAUUUUUGCUAACGAUUUAGAAAUGGGCAAUUGGGAUAUCAAAGCAAACCGGAAGAAUAACGAUGGUGACUUGUUCAUUGGCAAUGAAGGUGAAAUAGUAUUUGUUGAUAAGGAGACCAAACUCGAAGUGCCUUAUUUGGAAGUUUUGAAAAGAAGAGCUGUUAAGAAAUGGAUGACAUUGUUAGAAAACGAACCAGCGGAGAAUGUGAAUAAGGAACUAUUGGAUGAAUUAAAGCAAAAUGAAGUAUCAAUUCUCGCUCUACAUAACAAGAGCUUUCAAUCAAUCGACACUUUUAUUACUAAGAACUUGAAUUUACUAGACCAUGCGAAAACCCUGCAAACAUCGAAUCAUGAUGACAAUGACGAUGAAGAAGAUGACGACAGACCAGUAUCAAAACCUGUCAAACCUGUACUGAAUUUGGGCAUAAACUCGAAAGCAAAUAGCAGUAAGAGCCCGUUAUCACAUGAGGUAAUUGAAGCAGAUCCUGAUGUGGACGAUGCGGAAGAAGACAAUGCAGCAGCAGACGAUGACAAAACCUUACAAGAAGUAGAUAUUAGAACAUAG